AAGUAUCCAAAAGUUCUGAGCCACGCGCGCCAAAAGAAAAAGGGCACAACCCCCCACCGCUACUUCUGGCGCGGCUGGUCCGGAGCUCGCCACUCCGGCUGCACCUCCGGCUCGGGCGCGCACGGCUGCCGCGCCUUCUCCUCCUUCCGACCCUCGCCGUCGGCUGGGUGCCUCUACUCUGCCCUCUCCAAGCCGAGAGCCCGCCCGAGUCCUCGCUGCUUCUCUGGCCAACAUGCCCAACGAAGACGCGUUCGGCAAGUCCUCCGCGCCGUCGGACACCCCGGGGGCACCGCCGCAAGGCAAGGCGGCCGGGGGCUACGGCAAAGCGGCCGGGGCGCUGCUGGGGGCGGCGGGCGCCUCCGGCGAUGCCGGGGGCAGCGGGGCGGCGUCCGGCUUGGGCGCCUCGGGCAAGAAAUCCCCGCGGCUGCCCAAGUGCGCUCGCUGCAGGAACCACGGCUACGCGUCGCCGCUCAAGGGCCACAAGCGCUUCUGCAUGUGGCGGGACUGCCAGUGCAAGAAGUGCAACCUGAUCGCCGAGAGACAGCGCGUGAUGGCCGCGCAGGUGGCCCUGAGAAGGCAGCAGGCCCAGGAGGAGGAACUGGGCAUCAGCCACCCCAUUCCACUGCCCAGUGCUGCUGAGCUGCUUGUCAAGAGAGAGAACGCUGGCAGCAACCCGUGCCUCAUGACCGAGAGUGGCAGCCCCUCGCAGCCGGCGCCAGCCAGUACUACAGCUGCUGUGGCCUCAGAGGGCCGUAUGCUCCUCCAGGAUGUUCCUGUUGCAACCAGCAGAGGGCACAUGGAGAACGCACCUGAUCUGGUUGCGGAUCCCACCUACUACAGCAGCUUUUACCAGCCGCCGCUGUUUCCGUACUACAACAAUCUGUACAACUACCCGCAGUACUCCAUGGCCUUGGCUGCUGAGUCCUCUGCUGGGGAUGUGGGAAGUUCCCUCGGGGGAUCCCCUGUGAAGAACAGCCUUCGGAGCCUUCCAGCACCGUACGUGCCUGGUCAGGCAGGAAACCAGUGGCAGCAGAUGAAAAGCUCGGAGAACCGCCAUACAGUGAGUUCCCAGUACAGGAUGCAUUCUUACUACGGGCCUCCCUCCUACCUGGGCCAGAGCAUGUCCCAGAUCUUCACUUUCGAGGAUGGGCCAUCUUACUCGGAACCCAAAGCAAGCGUAUUCUCGCCGCCCAGCAGUCAAGAUUCUGGCUUGGUUUCCCUCUCCAGCAGCUCUCCUCUAAGUAGUGAGAGCACAAAGGGGGUUCUCGAAUGUGAGGCUGCGUCGGAGCCCACCAGCUUCACGGUCACUCCUGUAGUCGAAGAGGCGGAGUGAGCAGCAUUGCAGUUGGUAGUUCACUUGGAACACCGGGCUUAUCCCAUUACCCACAGGGUUUGUUGUUAUUCUGUAUUGAGUUAUGCUGACUUAACUGUUGAGAACGUGUUUGGUUUAUAUAUUCCUUAAGAGUUUAGUCCAGAGGCUAAGACACUUGUAAUAGUGGGGUUUUGACCACUAUCAGCAAGAAUUAAGUGCUUUGCUCACAGGGUUUAAAUACUAGUGUCCCUCGUGCUUUUGUUUUUAAUGACACCGGUUUACACCUAGCAUUCAAAAAAUACAGUAAUUUACUUAAAGCCAGAUAUUUGUUUAAAUUAGUCACAAUUAGAUAUUUCUUAGUUUUGAGAUGAAAUCUUAGGUGCCUUCAAGUUUUAAAAAUUUAAGUAUUUUAAUUAAACUACACAAAUAUAAAUUUAGCCAAGUACUAUACUUGACCAGUGAGAAGAGCAAGCAAAAUUACUGAUUAUUUUAGAAAUCUGCAGAAGGUCAGGGUAAAUGGAAAUGCUGUGUGUUUGCGUUGCUGUUGAAAAUAGCUGUACCCCAUCCCCCAAAUCCUGAACAUCUGAAAUACAGCGCGGGGGUGGGGAGUGGGACUAAAGCCCUUUAGAAUGGCUACUUUUUUUGUAAAAGAGAAUUUGAAAACAGUAUAAUUUAACCCCAGUGAGCCAGAGCUCCUAAGUGUUGUUUCUAGAAUCAGUUUAACAUAGUGUACUACAGGAAAAAAAAAAUGGAUGCAAUCUAAACUAUUUGGUAACCUUAGGUUGUAAUCUGAUUUGGAAAUAAGUACAUCUUUAAAAGUUACUACUGUACAGAUUUCUGAGUUCAUUAUUUUGUUAAAAAUUGCUUAUAGAGUAUUUCCUUAUGUAACAGAAGCCAUCCUGAAAUGAAACUAGUCUAAAAAAAAUUCAUUGUUGUGUGUAGUUGUAGCUGUACCUGAAAUAAAAAUGUUAUUGAUGACUGAA